UGAUGAGAAGAGCCAGGCCAGCUAAGCCUGCAUCUUCAAUACUCAUUAUGGGAGCAAAUAACUUAUCUGUACAACCUAAAUGCUUGCUUAAUUAAAUGGAAAGCAAGGCAGUGAUUUCUGAAAGGGCUGAACUUAAGUCAAGUUGUAAAACUCCACAGUGCAGCCAGAAGCAGCGACGGACAGUUGAACUGAAACCUGGGAACACGUCAGGGGCCCUGGACCACUGCUUCUCAGCCAUUUUAUUGUGAGGAGAUGGAACUCAUUAAAGUUAAGUAACAUUUUGCGCAGCUAGUUGAUAAUAGACCCAGGAUCCCAGAGGCACUUGGAUUCACUGGUUUCUUGCUUCAGAAAUUAGCAAGAAGACCUCGGUCCCCUGGUGAGACAGGAGAAAUGGAAAAUUCCCUGUGUGUCUCUAUUUUCUUGGUUUUGUGCAUCUUUAUCCAAUCAAGUGCCCAUGGACAAAGCCUGGGACUAGAGUCAUUUGGAAGGAGAUCUCGAGCUGUUGAAACAAAGGAAACAUCACAGGAGACAAGAACCAGAUUUCUGCUCUUUAAAGAAGAAACCGAUAAGAGCUGUCAGAUUCGGCUCAAUCACUCAGACACAUUACAGCAGUGCGGCUUCAACUCCUCUCUGCCUCUGGUGAUGAUAGUCCACGGGUGGUUGAUGGAAGCCUCACUGGAAAACUGGAUCUGGCAGAUGGUGGCCGCGCUGAAGUCUCAGCUGGCCCGACCAGUCAACGUGGCGCUGGCAGAAUGGGUCACCCUGGCCCACACCCACUACUCCAUUGCUGUCCGCAACACCCGCCUCGUCGGCCAGGAGAUCGCGGCCCUUCUCCAGUGGCUGGAGGAAUCUGUUCACUUUUCUCCAAGCAAUGUUCAUCUAAUUGGGUACAGCCUGGGUGCACACGUCUCAGGAUUCGCUGGCAGUUACAUGAGUGGAAAGCACAAGAUUGGGAGAAUUACAGGGCUGGAUGCUGCGGGCCUUUUGUUUAAAAGAGCUUCCCCCAAUGACCGGCUUUCACCAGAUGAUGCCAAUUUCGUGGACGCCAUUCACACCUUUACCCAGGAACACAUGGGCCUGAGUGUGGGCAUCAAACAGCCCAUAGCCCACUAUGACUUCUACCCCAACGGGGGCUCCUACCAGCCUGGAUGCCACUUCCUAGAGCUCUACAAACACAUUGCCAAGCACGGCUUAAACGCCAUCACCCAGACCAUCAAAUGUGCCCACGAGCGGUCGGUGCACCUCUUCAUCGACUCCUUGCUGCACGCUGAUAUGCAGAGCACAGCCUACCCAUGCAGGGACAUGGACAGCUUCAGCCAGGGCCUGUGCCUGAGCUGCAAGAAGGGCCGCUGCAACACGCUGGGCUACUAUGCCCGCCAGGAGCAGCAAAGCAAGAAGAGCAAGAGCCUCUUCCUGGUGACUCGAGCACAAUCCCCGUUCAAAGUUUAUCAUUACCAGUUGAAGAUUCAGUUCAUCAACCAAACUGAGAAACCAGUAGAACCAACUUUUGCCGUGUCACUCCUCGGAACAAAAGAGGAAAUGCAGAAAAUCCCCAUCACUCUGAACAAAGGAAUUACUAGUAAUAAAACCUAUUCCUUUCUUAUCACAUUGGAUUUGGAUAUUGGUGAGCUGAUCAUGAUCAAGUUCAAGUGGGAAAACAGUAUGGUGUGGUCCAAUGUCUGGAACACGGUCCAAAUCAUCAUCCCAUGGGGAAGAAAGUCCCUUCACUCGGGCCUUGUUCUGAAGAGCAUCAGAGUCAAAGCGGGAGAAACACAGCAAAGAAUGACAUUUUGCUCAGAAAACAUGAAUGAUCUACAACUUCACCCAACCCAGGAGAAAACCUUUGUGAGAUGUGAAUCAAACUCUAAAAAACUGAAGCAAAAGAUCAGAUGAGCUUUAAUGAAGACCCAGUGUGAAGAAUAAAUGAUUUUAUUCCUUA